CGUCACAGGGUGAGGGGCUAGAGAGAAAGAGCAACAUUCCCCCAAAAGUUGCUAACUUCUUAAGCAAGAGGAGCUCACUGUGAACAGCGCUCGAGACCACCAUUAAAAAAAUGGAACUGAAAGAUGUUGAGAUCCAGGACGGUGGCAAAAUGAUCAUCAAUAACACCGUCCCCCCACCUCAGGGGCAAGAUGCAGAACCAUCUACUAGUGCAGCUAUGAUGGCCACAUCAGGGACUCACGAGCAAGACAACGGUCUGUCUGUCCCUUCUGCAUCUGUUCAAAAUCAACGAAUGGAUGUUACUGCUGCUGAGACCGUUAGUAAAAAACCCGACAAGCUCAAACGACCAAAGCCCAAACCGCAAACUGAUGGUGGUGCCCGUGGUGGUGCGAGAGCCAAGAAGGCACGCUUGCAGACCCCCGAUGCGGGGGUUUUCGACGUGAUGUACCUUGCGGCCUGCAAAGUGAUGUAUCCCAUCGCGACAGAGAAACAUGAGGUGGAAUUGCGUAUUCAAAAAGAACAGGCAAAGCUUGCCGCGAUUAAUCGUCAAAUUGUUAAAUCAAUGAAAAAUAUUGUGGAGAUUUGUAAACAGGUUCAUGCUUACUCAGAUAGUAUAGCUAAUGUCAUACAGGUUAGGGAGAGUUUACCAUCGGGGUUUAAAGGGAAUGGGGGCGGGUGGCCUGAAUGCGAUGUUGCUGCUGAAGAAGAAGAAGAAGAGGAGGAGGAGGGUUCCAAAGGGGAGGGGGACCCUGAAUGCGAUAUUGCUGCUGAAGAAGAAGAGCUUGCCGGUGUAGUGACGUCAUCCCGACGCGGCCCCGCCCACACGCCGCCCGGUUACCACGGCGACGGGCAGCGCGUCCCGGAAGAGACAUCUGCAGCAGCUGGAGGAAAGAGGGCGUGA